AUGGCGUCUGUUCUGCCCGUGACUCUUUGCCAAAUGGCUGUCACGCGUGAAAAAGCAGUCAAUAUCAAAAAGGCUGUCACGAUGAUAACUGAAGCUGCGAAGCGGGGCAGCAAGCUGGCUGUCUUACCCGAGUGCUUCAACUGCCCGUAUGGCACCCAAUAUUUCGACGAGUACUCUGAGGCCCUUGCGCCAGGCAAUGAAACAUUUGAUGCGAUGUCCCAGUGCGCCAAGGAGAACAGCAUCUGGAUCGUUGCUGGUAGCAUCCCCGAAAAGUCAGCUGACGGAAAAUUAUUCAAUUCGAGCAUGACGUUUGGAUCGGAUGGUGCGCUGAAACACGUGCACCGCAAGGUGCACCUGUUCCGCAUCAACACGGACACCGUUCGCUUCGACGAGGGCGAAGUGCUCAGUGCUGGAAAUGAUGCCACUGCCAUCUCGCUGGACGAGAACGUAAAGUUUGGUGUUGCUAUUUGUUUCGACAUCCGAUACCCCUUCCUGGCGUGGAAAUACGCUGAGCAAGGAACUUCCUUCAUUGUGUACCCCGGUGCCUUUAACAUGGUGACCGGCCCGAUGCACUGGCAGCUGGCAGCGCGCGCUCGCGCUGUGGACAACCAGCAGUAUGUUUUCUUGUGUUCCCCUGCCCGCGAUACCUCCGCGGAGUACGUGGCAUGGGGGCACUCCAUGGUGGUAGAUCCCUUCGGAAAUGUUCUCUCGGAACUGGAUGAAAAGGAGGGGUUUGUUGAUUGGAAGGUAGACCUCAGCGUUAUUGAAGAUACGCGCGACCGAAUUCCCAUCCUGAAAGGCGUGCGUGACGACCUCUACACCCUACACUGGAAGAAGUAG